AACAUAGCUGCUAGUUAGCUAGCCAAUUACAGGCUAACGGGGAAAAUGGCUUAGCGUGGUCCCCCCACAUCACAUCGACAAUCAUAUAGCUGUACUUUUUUUGUUUGUUGAUACAUGUGAUUUACGUUUUUAGUAUACCUUGCAAACCUACUUGAUUCAUGCAAACUCUCGUUUGUUGGAUUUAGCAGGCUCAUUCGAACAUCUUUUGACACCAACACGGCUCAGCUCAACCGGUGCAGGUACAGCAGACCGGGAGAAACAUGGUAGUUCCGCACAGCUCCAGUGCGGUGCAACCAGCAGACAACGACUGUGCCGAGGGUCUUGUGAAGCCCUCCCAGCCGAGCUACGAGGAGGAGCAGGAGCUAGCAGGGGUGGAAUUGGAGGAGGUACGUAAGCUCCAGGAACUCAUUCGAAGACUUGAGGUCCAGAAUCAAACACUCCGAAACAGGGGAGGCAGUAAGAAUCUACAUCUCAGAGGAGCGAUCACCACAAACAACAGUAACCUCACAACCAGUACCAACAUCAAUGAGAUAAUCUCCUCCUGUGAAGGAGUGAUCAACACCAACUCCUCUCUCAGGUUGGGGAGCAGUGGAAGCUGUGGAACGGAACUAGGCGGCAGCAGUAGUGACUUGGAGCUGUCCCCUCCUCAGGACAGCAGUAGUGACUUGGAGCUGUCCCCUCCUCAGGACAGCAGUAGUGACUUGGAGCUGUCCCCUCUUCAGGACAGUAGUAGCAGUGAGGAUAUGUCCCAGCUCCCUGUAGUUAACCGGGAAGAGGAGGAUGGUGGACUGUGUGCAGGCUUUCUGACCCUGCCGUGCGGGAACGGACCAGGACCGGCGCAGACCCAGGGGCAAAGCACAACCCCAGAGAGUCCCUCUCUGGACAGCUAUGAGUCUGAGACCCUGGCGGAGAGCGACUCGGGGUUGGCCCUGGAUGAAGUGGAUGUUCUGGACCUAUGGGAGGACCUUGCAGAGGUGGAUGACGAGGACAGCUGGUUGUAUGUCUCCCCUAUGAAGCAGGUAGUUGCCGAGCCCAGACCUGAGUCUCCUCUGAAGUGGUGCCGGAAGGUUCUGGACCACCCCAGCCCAGAGACUGAGGUGGCCUGUCGCACCCUGCUCAACCGUCUCGACCAGACAUCUCGCUGGAGGAACAUCUACAGCAGCACUGGUCAGAUGGGGGAGGCUGGCUCCUCUGGCUCUGGGCUCCUCUCUCCUGGGUACCACAGCAAAUCUACUAACAAAAGCCUACUGGCCAGUGGUGGCUCAGGCUACGUGAGUGUGCACUCUGCUCUGAGUUCCCAGUCUUCUGUAGACAGUGAGCUGAGUACCUCAGACGACUCCAUCACCAUGGGUUACAAGCUACAGGACCUCACUGACGUCCAGAUCAUGGCCCGCCUACAGGAAGAGAGUCUGAGACAGGACUAUGCCUCCAGCUCUGCCUCAGUGUCUCGUCGUAGUUCCUCUGCCUCCCUCCAGUCUCUACGUCGGGGUGGGACCUACAGCGACCAGGAGUUUGAUACCUACAGCCUGGAGGAUGAGGAGGAUGAGUGCUGCUCUCUGCCCCAGCGACGCCUCCGCUACUCCCCCUCUCCCCUGAGCUCGCCCCGCUGCCUCUCCCCCUCCACGGGUUUGCAGGGCCAGGCAGAGUACAGCAGGCUGGGGGCCCCCCGACAACGUGUUCCACGGCGAUCGCUACAGGGGCCCGGACCCGAGCUGCUAAAGUUCGCCAAGACCGAGGAAGAGGUGAGGCACAGCAUGCCUAACCUGGCCCCCCGCACCAGCCUGCGUUCCCUGGAGGCGGUUAGGAACAGUCGCAGCAUGGAGGCUAACCUCCAGAGCUCUGGUAUGUCAUCCAGUCAGAUGCGAGGCAGUGGCCAGUCCCAUCUGUCCAUGCGGGUCCCUGUCAAAGCCAUGGGCUCCAUGCCGGGGGCCCGCCAGCCCUACAGGGGCCUGCCUGUAGUCCAGAGUGGACCCAAUGGAGGGGUACGGAGGGUCCAGUCCACAGGGCCUGCCAAUGGGGGAGCCUACCCAGCUGGGAGAGCCUCUACUGGGGGUGGGAGGCAAGCCGCAGCCCCAUCCUCAAGGAGUAGACUGGCCCAUCCACAUAGAAGGUCUAUGGGGAUGACUAGAACAAAUGGCCCAAUCUCAAAUGAGUCGUGGCGAGACGGCUGCUACUGAGGCAACAAGGAAACUUCCUCCACCUCUCUCCUUUACCUCACGUUUUUAUAUAAACACCAACUUAAUUGCCUCUGAACGUACCCCUGUAGGCAACACCAACUUACUUGUCUCUGACCAUACCGCUGGCCUAUGAACAUACCUCUGUAGGCUGGACCACUGUAGAUGAACAGAGCUUCCCUUGCAUGCAGAACCCUAUCACCCCACGGAUACACUGGAGACAGGACCUGGACAGAGCUUCCCUGGCAUGGAGAACCUUCUCACCCCACGGAUACACUGGAGACUGUACCUGGACAGAGCUUCCCUGGCAUGGAGAACCUUCUUACCCCACGGAUACACUGGAGACGGUACCUGGACAGAGCUUCCCUGGCAUGGAGAACCUUCUCACCCCACGGAUACACUGGAGACGGGACCUAGACAGAGCUUCCAGAGUACAGAAGAUGUUGUUUUAUAACAUUCCAAUUCGAGUCUAUAUUUUAUGAUAGUUGAGAGAAGACAAAGGGUUGUUAAUUUGUUUACGUUCUGUAGAUUUACAAAUUAUUGAAGACUUUGGAUGAAUUGUUUGUUCCAUUGUGUGUGUGUGUGAAGUUGAACUCUGAUAUUUAAGGUGAUCACAUCUGUUACUUGGGUGUUGCACGAUGUUUUUGUUUAGUUUUUUUUUCUUCUCUGAGGACAAAGAAAUUAGUUUGUUAUAAAUAAUAAGUCUGUUCUUCCAAGGAACAACCCUCAUGUUGAUGCGUGUGGGAAGUUUUUUUUAAAUGUUUGUGGGAUUGGUUGUGAUUCCUGUAUAAUUGUGUUUUGCCGACUAAUGCAACAGCUCUGGACCACACUGCCCUUCCAUCAAGACCCCCCUUAAGAACAUUUUAAAAAAGUUAUGAGAAGUUAUCGUUGGGAUAAGUUUGUUGUGCCAAGGUGCAUAUCUGUUGCUGCAGCAUUGUUUCUACAACUCCAACAAACUACUACUUGUAGAUGAGAUACUGUAUACAUUGAUUUACCACAGUUGUUUUUACUGCAUAUCGGUUGGUGAAUCUGAGUGUUGGGUUUAUUAAUACCGCUGAACUAAUAAAACAAACUUGACGCACGAAGUAAAGGCUUUUAUGCUCUUUCUAAGAGACAACCAGCUAUGCACCAUCAUGCGGAGUGCCUCUGAAAAUCAGGAACUGUAAUGAAAAUGAAGAAUAAAACCUACCCAGAACUUGAAUAUUUACUCUGCUGCUUGUGUAGAUGCUCUUCCUCUGCAUGCACUAGAUAUUGAUGUGCUGUAGGCUGGAACAUUCUGGUAAAUAAAAAUAAUCUGUUCUGUUUUUGAAACUCAA